ACCCUCUGCCGCCCCUUGUCUCCCUGCUACACUUAUCUCUGCCUUUCUCCAAAUCCUCAUUAACUAGCGUUCCCUUAAGAAAAAACCCACAACCGGAGAGCUUCUUAUCUAUACCAGGAAAAAAAAAUUGAAAAUCUUAAGAGGAAAUCGUAGGAAAAUCACAAGCAAUCAUUUGGUCGGAGGAAGCUGAAGCUAAACCAGAUUCGGAAAAAGGGCCAGAAAGGUGUGGGGAAAGAGAAGUUUACGGAUUGAAGAUCUGGGUGUACAAAAGGAAGCAGAAUCUGAGUUCUUGAGAAAACUCACAAGGAGAAUCCAGAGAUUGAUCUUAGCAGCUGCUGGAAAGUUAAAAAAAGGGGGGAAUUGAAAGGGAAUGCUCGGGAACAGGGAUAAUAAGGGCAGAAUCCAGAGUUUCUCAAUUCUAACUUCGGUCGUCAUCAACACAGGUUGUUCUCUAGGAAUGGAUGGCUUCUAGGAAUGGAUGGCUUCAUUAACUGCUUCAAGAAAGAAUUACAGGGGAGAUAUGAAUUUUAUUGUUUGAUUGUGGGAGCCGUGUAGUUUCAUUUCUGUUUCUGAAUCUGCCAAGACUGCUACUUUCCCCCCGAAGAAAGUGAAAAUUCCUCUCUCUUCAGCUACAAAACCCCCUCACAGACUUCUUGAAGACAAGUUCAUCUACCUCUUGCAGUCAUGUAAGACCUCAAAACACCUCCAUCAAAUUCAAGCCCAGGUAAUUAGCCAUGGCUUUGAGGAGAACUGCUAUAUCACGCCAAGGUUUGUUGCAACAUGUGGUCACUUGAAGCAAAUGUCGCGUGCCCACACAGUGUUUGAUCGAGUGUUUAAGCCAAAUAUUGCGCUAUGUAAUGCCAUGCUUAAAGGGUAUGCACAGAAUGAUGCUUACAAGCAAGUUAUGCACUUAUUUAGUCAAAUGAAAAGCAGGGAUAUUGUUCCCAAUUGCUUCACUUUUCCAAUUGUUCUUAAAUCAUGCUUGGAGGGCAAUUCAUGGAGAGAGGGAGACGAAGUGCAUUGUGAUGUGAUAAAGGGUGGUUUUGGAGCUAAUCCUUUUGUGGGUACUACGUUGAUUGAGCUGUACUCGGGUGAGAGAUUGAUAGGAGCAGCCUAUAAGGUGUUUGGUGAAAUGGCUGAGAGAAAUGUUGUUGCCUGGACUGUGAUGAUUAAUGGAUGCAUUUUGUGUCAAAAUGUUGUUUCUGCACGGAGACUUUUUGAAUUGGCACCUACGCGGGACAUUGUCCUGUGGAAUAUUAUGGUUUCUGGUUAUAUUGAAAUGGGGGAAAUGGUGGAGGCCAGAAAGCUUUUUGAUCUUAUGCCAAAUAAAGAUGUGAUGUCAUGGAACACAAUUUUGAAUGGUUAUGCAACUAAUGGAGAUUUUGAGGUGUGCGAGAGACUGUUUGAGGAAAUGCCUAAAAGAAAUGUUUUUUCUUGGAAUGUAUUGAUUGGAGGGUAUGGACGAAAUGGGUGUUUCUUUGAUGUUUUGGGAGCUUUCAAAAGGAUGCUAAUUGAUGGCGAUGUUUGUCCUAAUGAUGCCACUCUUGUAACCGUGCUGUCUGCGUGUGCCAGAUUAGGAGCUCUUGACUUGGGCAAAUGGGUUCAUGUGUAUGCAAAAAGUAAUGGAUACAAGGAUAAUGUUUUUGUUGGGAAUGCUUUGAUUGACAUGUAUUCUAAGUGUGGGAGCAUAGAGAAUGCAGUAGAUGUGUUUAAUAGGAUGGGUAGAAAGGAUCUUAUCACUUGGAACACCAUCAUUGGUGGCUUAGCUAUGCAUGGACGUGGAGCUGAUGCUCUAAGUUUAUUUCAUCAAAUGAAUAAUGCCAAGGUACAACCAGAUGGAAUAACCUUUAUUGGCAUCUUAUGUGCAUGCACACAUAUGGGUUUAGUUAAAAAUGGCAUGGCAUAUUUCCAAUCAAUGGUUGAUGAUUAUUCAAUUGAGCCUCAGAUUGAGCAUUAUGGAUGUAUGGUUGAUCUGCUAGCCAGAGCUGGUCUUUUAGCAGAGGCUGUGGAUAUGGUGAAGAGGAUGCCCAUGGAAGCAGAUGCGGUCAUAUGGGCUGCCUUGCUUGGAGCAUGUAGGAUUUACAAAAAUGUUGAAUUUGCUGAACUGGCUCUCCAAAAUCUCAUUAAGCUUGAACCAAAGAACCCUGCAAACUUUGUCAUGCUUUCAAACAUUUAUGGGGAUCUUGGAAAAUGGAAAGAUGUGGCAAGAUUAAAAGUUGCAAUGAGAGAUACCGGUUUCAAAAAAUUACCAGGGUGUAGCUUGAUUGAAGUCAAAGAUGGUGUGGUUGAGUUCCAUUCCUUGGAUGAGAGGCAUCCUGAAACCAAGAAAAUAUAUGAAACCUUGAAGGGAUUGACCAAACUGUUGACAUCAUGUGGAUACAAACCCACAGCGGCUGUGGAGGAUAAACAAGAGGUGGAAAUUUCUUCUUCUCUUUGAAGGUUUCUCUUUCGAAGAGAGUUUGUUUCUCUCUUUUGAGGGUCUCUACCUAGUCUUUCUCAAUAUUUUUAUAGAGUUUUGUACCAUGGUAGAGGAAACAAUGCUGGGGGUGACCAAUUUUUCUGCCCUAAAAAUGAAGCUGUUAUAUCAUAAGGGGACUUUCAAACGCUAGAGACAGUCAAAAAUGAAUGUCUAUCAACACUAUAACUCUUGUUUGUGCCCUUACAAAGAAUUACUUCUAUAAUUAGUUUAGAUGAGGUUUUGUUCUUAAUUGCUUAGAUUAUUAUAUGUGUUAACUAUAGCUUCAAAGCCAUCUGAAGGCCUAUCUAGGCAUUAUG